CAUGCGACUCCUUUUAUAAGAGACGGCUCAGUUUAUGUCAAGACCUGGAUAUCACUCGUCAUCAUGGAUCUGAACAUUAGCCCCUGUUGGAAACAGCUCCUUCUGUUCUCUCUCCUUCUUGUCUGUGUCAAUGGACAAAUGUCAGGGCCAUCUUUCACAGUGACGUUUCCUGCAGUGAUCGAGUCAGGAUCUGAGGCCAGACUGUGUGCAAGUCUUCUCAAGCCCAAUGAAAGCCUUGUCAUGAACAUUUAUCUGGUUGAUGGUGAUCAGAGCACUUUACUGCUGCAGGAGAAAGCUGAGGAAGAGUUUCACCGCUGCUUUAACUUCAAGGCUCCUCUGAUAGAAGCAGAAUCUGUGCAGAAAAUGAAGGUAGAACUUCAAGGAGAGUCUUUAAAGAUGUCUGAAGAAAGAAAAGUCAUGUUCAGACCUUACCAUCCUCUGACCUUUAUCCAGACUGAUAAACCCAUCUAUAUUCCAGGACAGACAGUGAAUUUUAGAGUUGUUACCAUGGAUAAAAACUUUUCACCGCUUGAUCAGAAGUAUAGUACAGUGAUACUUGAGGACAGUAAAGGUAACAGAAUUGGUCAAUGGACAAAUGUUUCUUCAACAAGGUGGAUUCUGCAGCGUUCUUAUGAAUUAAACCCGGAAGGCUGUCAAGGAAUGUACAAACUGAAGACUUACAUUGGUGACAGGAUGAUCUCACAUGAUUUUGAGGUGAAAAAAUAUGUUUUGCCUAAGUUUGAAGUUACUGUGACAGCACCGAAGACAGUGAGUAUAGAUGAUGAGUCAAUGGCAGUUGAAGUUUGUGCAAAAUACACAUACGGGCAGCCUUUAUCUGGUAAAUCAUGGGUGAAAGUGUGUCGUGAUAUUCAACGCUUCUCUUACUGGGGUGAUAUACACAGUCCAAUAUGUGUGAAUGAAACCACUGAGAUGAAAAGGACAGGCUGUGCCAUCCAUACCUUAGAUCUAUCUGCCUUUUUAAAUUCAACAUAUGAGAAUCAGCUGGAAAAUUCUCUUCAUGUUGAAGCAACAGUGACAGAAGAAGGAACAGAGAUCACCAUGACAAAAUCUGGAACUAUUUCUCUCACUUAUGAAAUCGGCAAAUGCACACUUACUGACCUGCCCAAAACAUAUGAACAUGGAUCAGUUAUAGAAGGAAAAAUCAGACUCUCAAAUUUCAAAGGCGCACCAAUACAAAACAAAGUGGUUUAUCUUUUGGAGGGAACCUGGUCCUCAAAACUGCUCCUAAAUCUCACUACAGACAGUGAUGGACUGGCCAGCUUCUCUCUUAAUACAUCUAGUCUUCCUAAAGAAGACAUUACUCUGAUGGCAAGUGUGUAUCCAACGUUUCAUUAUCAUGGUUACAAAACACCAUACUUCUCUACGGACAGAAAAACAGUUAAUCUUUUCCGGCCUGCCACUCCAUACACCCCAUCAUUAAGUGAACUGAUUAUAGAAAAUAUUGAGCAACCAUUAAAGUGUGAUGCUGAGUUUACAGUGACCAUCAAGUAUUAUUUUAUUGGAGAGACUGCUAAAGACUUCAAAACUGACAUUGUCUAUAUGGUCUUGUCCAGAGGAGUGAUCGUUCAUCAUGGAUAUGAGAAGGUUGAAGUCAAGUCUUCUAAUGGAGCAGCAAGUGGCACAAUGUCAUUCAAACUGUCUGUUGGUGCAGAUCUAGCUCCUGCAGUGCAGCUUCUGGCCUACUGUGUUCUGCCCAGUGAAAAUGUUGUUGCUCAUAGCACAAAAUUUGAUGUGGAAAAAUGUUUCAAAAACAAGGUUUCUCUGCAGUUUUCUCCUGCUAGAGCAGUUCCUGGUGAGAAAAACACUCUUCAGCUCUCAGCUCAGCCUGGUUCACUGUGCGGCCUCAGUGCUGUCGAUCAGAGCGUCCUGAUCCUGAAGCCAGGAAAACGUCUGGAUACAGACAAGAUCUUCAAUAUGCUGCCAGUACAAUCAGUAUCAGAUUAUCCUUACAACGUUGAAGAUAAGAAGGAGUGUCUGGGAUGGCCGGUUGUGAAUCCCCGUCAAGCUGUACUGACAGACAAAGCCUAUGAAUCCUUAAAGAGUGUGGGUCUGAAAAUGGCAACAAAUUUGGCUUUGCGAGUCUCUCUGUGUCAAAUACAUAUUGUCUAUAGGAAGGAGGGAGAGGGAGACUCUUCAGUUGAAGUGACAGUUCGUACUGUCUUUCCUGAAACAUGGAUUUGGCAACUUGCUCCAGUUGGAGACUCUGGAUCAGCUCAGGUUCCUGUCAUGGUUCCUGACACCAUCACCUCUUGGGAGACGGAGGCCUUCUGUCUGUCCUCCGAAGGUCUGGGUCUGGCUCCUCCUGCUCAGCUGACAGUUUUCCAGCCCUUCUUCCUGGAGCUCUCUCUGCCUUACUCCAUCAUCCGUGGGGAGAUCUUUGAGCUGAAGGCUACUGUCUUUAACUAUCUGUCCAAGUGCAUCAUGGUUAAAGUGAUUCCAGCUCCUUCCUCAGACUACACUCUCAAAGCCUUCUCUGAGGAACAGUAUUCAUCCUGUCUGUGUGCUAAUGGAAGAAAAACCUUUAAAUGGAUCCUCACUCCUUCUGUUCUUGGAGUCUUGAAUAUUACAGUCAGUGCAGAGGCUGAGUCGUCCCAGACUGUGUGUGACAAUGAGAUUGUGAGCGUGCCAGAGAGAGGACGCAUUGACACAGUCACACGAAGUCUGCUUGUACAGGCUGAAGGAACUGAGAAGACAGAGACCUACAGCUGGUUACUGUGUCCAAAGGGCGACAGUCUCACAGAGGAAGUGGAUCUGAAUCUUCCUAAAGAUGUUAUAGAGGGAUCAGCCAGAUCUACUGUUUCAGUCAUUGGGGACAUACUGGGUCAUGCACUGACAAAUCUUCACGGAUUACUACGGAUGCCGUAUGGCUGUGGAGAACAAAACAUGGCUAUUCUUUCUCCCAAUAUUUACAUUCUGCAGUAUCUGGAAAACACAGAGCAGCUCACUUCAGCCAUCAGAGACAGAGCCACUGGCUUCCUUAAGAGUGGAUACCAGAGACAACUGAACUACAGACAUACUAGUGGUGGAUACAGCACAUUUGGACAUGGAGAUGAAAAUACAUGGUUGACUGCCUUUGUCCUGAGGUCUUUUGGCAAGGCACAGAAAUACAUUUUUAUUGAUCCACAAAUUACUCAGAGUGCAAAGAAAUGGUUAAUAAGCAGACGGGAUUCAGACGGCUGUUUUAUCCAACAGGGAAGACUGUUCAACAACAGAAUGAAGGGUGGAGUGAAUGAUGAUGUGACUAUCACAGCCUACAUUACUGCCUCACUACUUGAACUAGAAACUCCAGUCACAGACCCUGUCGUCAGUAAAGGUUUGUCCUGUUGUAAGUCCGUCAUUGAGGAUGUCAAAAACACUUACACCACUGCUCUACUCGCCUACACCUUCAGUCUGGCUAAAGACACAGACACUCGACAGCAGCUUUUCAAGAAACUGGAGGAUGUUGCUAUUUCAGAUGGGUCUCGUCUCCACUGGUCUCAGUCUGCAUCUGCUGAUGACUCUGAUUCUCUGGCAGUGGAGAUCAGCUCAUAUGUGCUGCUAGCUGUUCUCUCUGCUGAUUCACUCACUUCAGCUGAUCUGGGCUUUGCUAACAGGAUUGUCAGCUGGCUUGUGAAGCAGCAGAAUGCCUAUGGAGGAUUCUCCUCCACACAGGACACAGUGGUGGCUCUUCAGGCUCUGUCUUUGUACGCUACCAAAGUGUUCAGCUCUGACGGCUCCAGCACAGUGACUGUACAGUCAGCAGCAGACACUCACCACUUUGAUGUCAAUCAGGACAAUAAGUUACUGUACCAGGAGAAGCAGCUGCAGGACGUCCCAGCCAAAUACAGCAUUGAAGUGAAGGGCUCAGCCUGUGUGUCUGUGCAGGUCGCUCAGUUCUACAACAUCCCCACUCCUACUGAAGCUAAAACACUAAGCAUUGAUGCAAAGAUUGAGGGAGAUUGCAAAACACUGGGACAAAAUUUCCUUUUAAACUUCACUGUCAAAUAUCAUGGUCCCCAGGAGACGACUAACAUGCUCAUUGUGGAUAUUAAACUUUUAUCAGGAUUCACAGCUGACACAUCAUCGCUUACAACGUCAAUUAGUUCGGCAGUCCUUGCUCAGAACUAUGUGGAGCGAGUUGACACAAAAGAAGACCAUGUCAUAGUUUAUUUAACAGAGAUUCCAAAACAUAUUUCUAUGAAUUACAAGAUGCAAAUGAAACAGGUUCUUCCAGUGAAGAAUCUCAAGCCAGCAGUGGUCAAAGUGUAUGAUUACUACCAAACAAGUGAUCAGUCGGAGACAGAGUACUCCUUCCACUGUCAAUAAGGUCAAGCAUUUCAGUCCUGCAGCUCAUAGUAUAAUGACACAGAAUACAAAAUAUCUUUUUAAUACUGUAUGAGUAGUUAUUCUUAGUGGCAUUGUUUGAUUUCAGUUGCAAUUUUAUGUAUGCUUUUAUAUGUGUACUCAGUGGCAGCAGGCCAGUCACAAUUUUAUUUGUAAUUUGUUCUUAUCUUUUAAAAUAACUUGUUUGAACUUAUUAUGGAAAAUAAAGAUUUUAGAGAUUUUUCAUGCAUAA